AUGAGGCGUCUGCUGGCUCGUCUGAUUUCAGCGGCCCUGCUGGUUUUCACGUUUCUGUGGACUGGGAGCCAGAUGAGGCAGGCUGGUCAAAAAGACUCCCUUCAAGCUGAUGAACCCGCUUCACAACGUCGGACCUUCGAAGACGCUGCUGCGAUAAAGAAGCCAAUUGACGGUGUUAUUGUGGUAGGGAAGUUAAGAAGUGAGGACACUGACUGGGUCCUCCAGGAGCUGCCAGAGUAUGUCUCCCUCCUAUCGCCGGUUCGCCUGGCACUAGAAUCGCUAAUGAGCGAACGCACGCUUCUCAGAUGGCAGCAUGCAGUCUACACCGUUGACGACCCAACCGCGCCACUCACUGUGCCUCAGAAUAAAGGCCGGGAGAGCAACGUUUAUCUACAAUACAUCAUUGACUACUACAACGUUCUCCCUCAGACCAUCGUUUUCCUACACAGCCACCGCGAUGGAUAUCCGGCAGCUUGGCACAAUGAGUUCCCCGACCACAGUAAUGUGCGCGCGGUCCGGAACCUACGCAUCGACUUCGUCCAGCAGAAUGGAUACGCCAACCUUCGCUGCAAUCCUAAUCCCGGGUGUCCUGCUGAAAUACGUCCGUUCCGCCAGCCUGCGGAUCAUGACCGCUCCGCCGAGAUUGCAUUUCCGGACGCCUGGAGGACGCUCUUUAGUACGGAGGUCCCCGACGUAAUUGGGGCAGGGUGCUGCGCCCAGUUUGCGGUCUCGCGCGAUCAGAUCCGACAGAGGCCUUUGCAGAGCUAUAUGAAUUACCACAAAUGGCUGAUGGAGACCACGUUACCCGACGAUGUUAGCGGGCGGGUGAUGGAGUAUUUGUGGCAUAUUAUCUUUGGGCGUGAUCCCGUCUAUUGCCCAGAAAUGGCCCAAUGCUACCACGAUGUUUUCGGGAUUUAA